AUGGCGACGUCCCCCGCAUCGGAACAGGAGAUACCGGCGCUGAGCCGCAUUGAAAGCUCCCUGCGUGAUCUAACCGCCUCAGCAGUGACCAAAUCUGAUCUCCAGGCCAUCACCACCGCAAUCCAGGAAACCCUGCGCACCGAGAUAGCGGGGAUCCGUACAGAGCUCACCUCACAGGCGGGCCGCAUUACCGCAGUGGAGGAGGCGAGCGAGGCCCUUACAGCCCGCGUGGCAGCCACUGAUACGGCUGUGGCUCGCCAGGGCGAGAUGCUACUAUCUGUGCGCCGACACCUGGAGGACGUGGACAACAGGGGCAGACGAUGCAACAUACGCGUCCGCGGAGUGCCAGAGGCAGAGGGACCGGAGGACGCAGUGGCAAUACUCACUGAACUCUUCUGCUCCCUCCUACAGCCAUCCCCGCCAACUGAGAUAGAGUUUGAGAGGGCGCAUAGGGCCCUGCGACCGCGCACGGUAGAAGAAGGCCCGCGAGAUUUAAUCUGCUGCCUACACUCAUUCCCG